GGAGGCGCGGACGAUGCUGGCGGCCGCGGCCCUGUGCGCCGCGGCGCUGGGCUGCGCUGCGGGCGCUCGGCUGCUCAGCGCAGUGGACAUAUCCCUCAGAGAGCAAACAGUUUGCCGGGGUGGAACACAGCGGCCAUGCUAUAAAAUAGUUUACUUUCAUGAUGUUUCACGCAGGAUCAGCUAUGAAGAAGCGCUCCUUGCCUGCAGAGCUGAUGGUGGUCACCUAGUCAGUAUUGAAACAGAAGCAGAACAAAAACUGAUUGAAAAAUUUAUUGAAAGUCUCUUGGCUUCUGAUGGAGAUUUUUGGAUAGGGCUUAAGAGGAAAAAGCAUGAGGUAGACAAUAGCACAGAUUGUCAGAACCUCUACUCCUGGUCGGAUGGCAGCUCGUCCAAGUUCCGGAACUGGUAUGUAGAUGAGCCAUCCUGUGGGAGUGAAAUCUGUGUUGUGAUGUACCACCAACCAUCUGCCCCACCAGGUGUUGGAGGUCCUUACAUGUUUCAAUGGAAUGAUGACAGAUGCAACAUGAAAAAUAACUUCAUUUGCAAGUAUUCUGUUGAGAGGCAAACAAAUGCUCCAAGAAAGAAUUCUCAAACAGAUGUUACAACAGAGCCCUUGAAGCCAGUAUUCCCAGAAGAGCACUCUAAGAAAGAUGCUAAUGAAACACUUCAAGAAGCCAAAGAACCUGUUCUGAGUCUUGCCUACAUCCUUAUUCCCAGCAUUCCUGUGCUGCUUCUACUGAUGGUCAUUACAGCCAUCUUCUGUUUUUGGCUUUUUGCAAAGAGGAGACAGGAGCAAGUAGAUGCAAGCCCAAAGGAUGAAGAUGCAUGGCUAUCUAUCCACAGAAGAAACAGUCCAGAUCUGGAGGUUUACAAAGUAAUUAAGAAGCAAUCGGAAGCAGAUCUGACUGGAACCAGGCCUGACAUUAAGAAUUCUUCAUUCCGUACACGAGGAGAUAAGACACCUGACAGUCUCUCUGGAGAUUAUGAUGAUGUGGCAAUGAAUACAUCAAGUGGCUUUGUGACAUUGACCAGUACAGAAAGUGGCUUUGUGACUAAUGAUAUCUAUGAACUGUGUGGAGAUCAUGUGGGGAGGAGCAAGGAAUCAGCCUGGGUGGAGAAUGAGAUAUAUGGAUACUAAGGAAAUGGACAAAGAAAAUCUUGGAAUGUGGAUUACAAAGUGAAUAUUGAUGCAAGUUUAGCCUACCCUAGUAGCCAUGCACUUGUUUUAAUGACUGUAUGUAUGAUAUUGUAUCUUGGUUUUGCAUUCUUCCUAUAUUCUCUUUUUUGAAAGAAUAUGGGCUUUUAAAGAUCCAAACCAAAAAGAAUGUAUGUAUCUUGCUCUGCAUCAACCCCCCUUUUUGCAGCAGGAAUGGCCUGUUAGUCUUAUUUUGUUUACAGUCUAAAUUUUUUGCACUCCAAAGGUGAAAAUAUGAAUGUCUUUCAAACUAAGGAACAAUUGAAAAUCCUUAUUUAUGUGUUUAAACUGACUUCAUCUCCAAAGAAGUUGAAAAUCAAAAGUCUAUCAUUAGUCCUGCUUGCUGUCUCAUAGGUGUCCUAGAGAAAGCUGCUGCAGUUGCAGGUCUGUCAUUGUUUCCAUAUCAACCAGUGGUCCAGCUGUAUGUUCUCCAUCCACUGCAUACAACAUUGACAAGCACUUCACAGGGAGGGGAGUAGUGUGGUUUCUGCUCCUUUCCUCCUCUCCUAGUCUCAUUGCCAAGGCCAGAUACGUGAGUCACAACACAUAACUGUGUAUUUAGUUUGUACUCUAAGUUGUUUUUCAAAGAAUCUCAGUAGGUGCUUUGUCAUAAGGCCCGUUGUGUCCCCUCACUUAUCCUUGCAAAAGGAAUUACAAAGCAAGGAAUGAGGAACUUCUCUGUAAUACUAAAGAAAGGCAAUGGGGUGUUCCAAAGCGUUCUGGUUGGUCUCUGAAAGUACUGCUGUUCAGUUUUCUGUGACUAAUAAACUCCAGAAAUGUACUAAUUUGGCCUAAAUGACAAAUUAAACACUAGUUUCUUUCUUGUAGAAGGAAUAGCUAGUUGCAGUUUUAUUUCAGAUUUCUUUUUCUCCUUGUGCCUGUGACCUGUACUAAAUCCAUGAAAACAAACAUCCUGAUGUUAAUCUACAGAGAUGGAAUUUAU